AUGAGUAUAACAAAAUAAAAACUAGAAUCUUUAUUUGAUCUCUCAAUCAUCAUAGAGAAAAUUAAAAUUUUGGAUGAACAAUAAUCAAAUAUAUUUCAUUUAACCAAAAGACCUAAUUAUCAAUUGCAAAAGUAAUCAAAUACAUAAUUUAUUCCUCACAUUAUUAAUGAUUUCGAGAUUAAAAGAAAGUUCAAGGAAAUCUAAAAUGAUUCUUUUCAAUCCUGGAAAACCCCCAUCAUUAGAACUAAUUAAAGUGUAUGUUAAAAGCGUCCUUAAUAUUUGUCAAAAGUCAGCCCAUCUCCAAAACCUAUAGAACUUUAGACAGAAAAGAAAAUCAAUUCAACCACGAUAAUGAUCUAAUAAAAUAAAAACAUGAGGACUAGAAGUACGGAAUACAGAAUGAAGCUCAGGAAAACAGAAACAAAAGAUAUCGAAGCUUAAUUUCUCGAAACCAGAAAUUUAAUAAAUAGAUUCAAUAGAAUCAAAAAAAAAGCAGUAAGAUUUAAUAUUUUAACUUGA